CUGAUCCCAUUCUGAGUCAAUGUAAAGAGAAACAUGCGUCAUGCGAGUCUACAUGUGUAAUGUGGAUCUAUUCCUGCCGCAAUGAGCAUCGUCAACGGGGUAAGGCACAACAUACAGUAGAAUAGAGUAAUGUCACACAUUUUUUUGUGCAAGAAUCGUGGAGUCAUGUGAGUGCAAGAAUAAUAAUAGCUAAUUAAUUAACAGGCAGAUCUGUUUGCAUACCACUUCGCUGACACCCUGGGCGGUCACGUCGUCGUGCGAGAGGGGCAUCAACACUCUAGUGCUCUUCUCACGGCUCUAUCUUUGCUGAAAGUCGCUGCUGGGAAUGUAAGUUUUGCCCUACAGCCUCAGCGAUAUCGAUGGAUCUUCAGUUCAGCAAUGGGACUAACGGAAGUGAGAUGAGGCCGAAUGAGCAGCCAACGUUCAAGCCAGGCCCAGACCUAGACCCACAUGAUAAAACUUUCGGGGGAGUUUGGCAUGACAGCAUCUCAUUGGAAUCACCUCUAUUCUUGAUACUUGUUACUGCAGUAGUGAUCGCUGUGCUAGUUGUAUGUAUUUUAACACUGAGACAUUGGUGGCGAAAGACGAAGGCCGCUUUCAAGUACAAACCGCAGGCAAAGUCUUCGAAAGUCAAGGACGUCUCCAUUAACCUUCUUAAAGCGCGUGGGCGUGUUGGGGAAAGUCCCUGUUUGUUGUACCCAGUUACAGUGAAGCAACGAGAAGUAAAACAAGCGUUUUCCUAUGACUUUCUAGGAAAAAAGCUUGAUUCGUACUUUGGCACUUGUGAUACUUGGGUAUAUGCAUCUCCUAUCUAUGAUUGCAUGGAACAUGGGGCAGAAGGACUGUUUGAGCUGCAGUUUCGAAUGUGGGCAACAGGUACAAAGCUGUUAUUGUGUCACAAUCCGUUGUCCAACGUAGAUGAGCCGUGCUGGGAGUUUAUUGAAGAUGCUGAUUUUGUGAUUGAUGAAGAGAACAAGCUUUACAAAGUCACCGUGACUUCUUUGUGUCAGUAUUGCAUUGCUGCUUAUGGAGAGUUCAAGGAAGACCUUGUCAUUCUGCCGUUUGUGAGACGUGAUCCUAACGAUUGGAAAAUCAUAACAUGCAUGCUAUACUUUGCUAGAGAGCCUGCUUCAAUAAAGGAGCUUGUGGAUAAAAUUCGAGAGGUCAAUCGUCCUAUCAUUAGUGGUGAAGGUGCGGUGUUCUGUCCACCAAUUCAGAAAAUUACUGUAAUGAAUAGCAAACUCGUUGUGGAGUGCACAGUGCCAGUCAAUUGCCUCCACGUACACUUACCAUGGACUGAAAAGAUUCUAGAAGUGAUGCAGUUUAAAGAUCUCCAGGAACAUGUGACUGGGUGUCAUCUAGAAUUUGAAAUGACACUUGCGCAAGAGCCAAGACCAAAUGAACUGCCAAGAUUCCAAUUGUCCUUUUACAGCUGCAAUCAUAAGGAGACUCUUCUAGGACCAAUAAGAAUAAGUUGUCCACCUUGUUUGCCUCUCAACCAUUUAGAACCAAUAUCAGGCACACCUCUUUGCUAUGUUGUUGCCACUGUUUAUCAGUGUCAUCCAGGAAUGUUUGAAAAUCUGUGGAAAGAAAUUGCCCAAAGUCAUAUAUGGGGCCAUGUACCAUAUGACAUAGAAAUAAAGAUGAGAAAUCCACUUGGUGACAAGUUUGGGAUGCAAAUGCUGCAUUACUUGGCUCAUCUUCGUCGCAAUGUAACAGUUGAGAAAUUAGCUGCUGCUGUUAGUUACACAGAAUAUGGUUUUCUCAAGGAUGUCAUUAAGAAGGGAACCAUAGAAGCGGGAUAUUCAUUUGAUGAUAAACUGUACGAGGAACUACUUGAUGAAGAGAAACGAUUAGGUGGCUACCGGGCUCCUUCAAUGAGUGAAACAGCACAGAGUGGCAGCAGCAUUGGCCCUAUUCCCAGUUCACCUAAUCAGUCUAUAGCACAUGCAGCUAGUGAUUCUACAGAGUUCCAGAGACGUCAAACUCUUUUGCCAAGUCAUCCUGUGCCUAUAUUUCAACCUCUUUUAACAGAGAUGAGAAAUUGCCCCACUAGUCUUCCUACUGACAUCUUAUUGCCUACUAUGCCGGUUAAUCGUCAGUUUCAUUAUCAAGUAUCCUUUACCACAAGUGGGGAAGAUUUGAAUCGGUUUUAGUGAGUGAAAGCAUUACAGAUAAUGACAGAAUCGUGAUUAUGGCAGCUGCAUGCAUGUACUUGUAACUGAAUUAAAGUCUGUUCAUUGCUGAUGAAUAUAAAAGUGCAUUAGCAUUGCUAUCUAGUCAGUGUAGCAUUACAUGCUGUUAGUACGUUUAUUGAUUUGUUUUGAUCAGUGUAUAUCUAUUAUGAUCAGAUGGGCAAGUUUGUUGUAUUCAUGUUAUGACAAUGACGAGUAGAUAAAAGUUCUCUGAAUUUGAAACGGGGAAUGUAGGGACG